AUGGUCACUGCAUACCCUCUCCCUGAAGGCUUCACUGAACUAGAAGUGUUUGCCAUCGGCACUGCCCUACUGGUAGAAGCCCUGCUUGGUUUCUGUCUGAAUGGGUUGACAAUUAUUUCAUUCCGAAAAAUCAAAGAGCUCCGAACACCCAGCAAUCUGCUGGUUCUCAGCAUUGCAGUGGCUGACUGCGGGAUCUGCAUCAAUGCAUUCAUCGCUGCCUUUUCCAGCUUCCUAAGGUACUGGCCUUACGGCUCUGACGGCUGUCAAAUUCAUGGAUUCCAGGGCUUCUUGACAGCACUAGCCAGUAUUAGCUCCAGUGCUGCAGUCGCCUGGGACCGGUAUCAUCAUUACUGUACAAGAAGCAAGCUGCAGUGGAGCACAGCCAUCUCCAUGAUGGUGUUCGCCUGGCUCUUUGCUGCCUUCUGGUCCAUCAUGCCCUUGCUGGGGUGGGGGGAGUAUGACUACGAGCCCCUCCGGACCUGCUGCACGCUGGACUACAGCAAAGGGGACAGAAACUAUAUCACAUUCCUUUUAGCUCUGUCCAUUUUCAAUUUCAUAAUCCCGGGCUUCAUCAUGCUGACAGCCUAUCAGUCCAUCCACCAGAAGUUCAAGAAAACUGGUCACUAUAAGUUUAACACCGGUUUACCAUUGAAGACUCUGGUCAUUUGCUGGGGUCCCUAUUGCCUUUUAUGCUUCUAUGCAGCAGUUGAAAAUGUGAUGUUCAUUUCACCAAAAUACCGAAUGAUUCCUGCCGUUAUUGCCAAGACAGUGCCAAUGGUGGACGCCUUUGUAUAUGCCCUGGGCAAUGAGAACUACAGAGGAGGAAUAUGGCAGUUCCUCACAGGACAGAAGAUUGAGAAAGCAGAGGUUGAUAACAAAGCUAAAUAA